AUGACAGAAAUGAUUGAUAAAUUUAGAGUACCUUUUUUAACAGCUUUGGCAAAUUACAAAUUGAGACAACAAAGUGAAAUCUGGAUAAAUUUCAGGAAACUACUGCAAUUAUUUGAAGGAUGCGAACCUUGGAUUGCCAAUGUCAAUAAAUGGAAUCAAUACAAAAUAUGGGCCUUAUUAGAAAAACCUUAAAAGUUAAUUAGAUUGGUUCAAAAUUAUAGGGUUAACAUUCAAAAGAUGCAUCCUAAAAAUAUUGAAAUUGCAAUUGACAAUUUACGCUCAGGAGAUAAUCAAUACUCAUAAUAUUUGGCAGCUCUUAUAUAAUAUAUCGUUGAUAAAUAUGAGAUCCAAAUUAAUGAAGAAUAAAUCGCUAAUUAUCUUGAUGAUUCCGACGAUAUCGAAUCCAGGAUGAAGACAUAAGAAAGUGGACUUGACUUUUAAGAAUAGCCAUCCAUGGACCUCUCUUGUAGUAAUAGUAAACCUAAUUCUGCCAUGAGAAAAAGCAGCUGCACUUAAAGAUCAAUUACAACUGAAUCUCGGAGUAAUUGGAAUUAAACCAAAAGCACCAUCGAAAAUCUCUAGAAACAUAAAAUGCAUUUAUAAUAAUAAAUUGAACAUCAAAAAGAAAUCCUUAGAGAACUCCAAUAUGAACAUAACAAAACCACUUAAUAGAUAUCAAAACUUAGUUCUAAUUCGAAGAUAGACAAAAUUCUAAACCACUUCAAUAGAUCGAAAAGAUUCAUCUAAUGA